GACUCCGAUUGGCUGAAAAUGACGUCAACCUGAUUUUUUUUUCUCUCUCCCUUCUGAACCAUGACCUCAUCCUUAGUUAAUUUUAGUGCUAAAGGCACCUUCUGUUUUCCAGGGACGUUAAUGCCUAGUAAAUGCAGAUUGCUUAUCUGUAAUUGCGGCCACACUGCAUGACCUAUAUACAAACGAAACAAUUGUGGUGCUUUAAUGUGUUAAUUUCCUUUACAUUCCCAGCGCUGUCAACUUUGCGCUGUGACCACAGUGGCUCUGCUGUCGCACAGUGUUUCCUUACCCUCGACCCAUGACAAGUAAACAGUGACCAAAGUUAAAGCGCUUUGAAGAGGGCUGCCGUGACACACUGUUCCUUCACACAUGGAGGUUAGCUGAUCACAAAUCACCAAGCCGGGGACACAGAGACACCAUGGAUCUCCUGAGGCCUGCUCCAGUGGCAGUGGCUGCUCUCCUCCAUUGACUUCCUCUGCUCUCCUCUUCCUCUUCCUCCACCGAUACUCCCUCUCUCCACUCAUCCACCCCCCCCCCCUCGACGCCACCCCUCCCCCGUCCAUCCACCCAUCCUCUUGCGACCCCUCGUUGUGGCAUCAUGGCGGGGGAGAAGGGACCAGCCAGGCGGAGCGCCAUGGACAUAAAGCGCCUGGCAGGGUUGAUCCAGAGGGGGGCGGGGCGCCUGCUGGUGAUUGACAGCAGGACCUUCUCGGAGUACAACGCGUCCCACAUACAGGGGGCGGUCAACGUGUGCUGCUCCAAGCUGGUGAAGCGGCGACUGCAGCAAGACAAGGUGUCCGUCACCGAGCUACUGCAGCCCAAUGGCAAGGUCAAGGUUGAGAUGGGCAGGAAACAGGAAGUGGUGAUGUACGACCAGAGUUCCAAAGAGGCGGGGCAACUAUCCAAAGACUGCUUUGUCCACAUCCUACUGGGCAAGCUGGAGGGCACCUUCCACCGAGUCUCCCUGCUCACCGGGGGCUUUGCUGCAUUCUCCUCCUGUUUCCCCGGGCUGUGUGAGAGCAAGCCAGCUUUGCCUAUGAGCAUAUCCCAGCCCUGCCUGCCUGUAGCUAACAUAGGUCCCACACGCAUCCUACCACACCUCUACCUGGGAUCGCAGAAAGACGUCCUCAACCAGGACCUGAUGGUUCAGAAUGGCAUCACGUACGUGCUGAAUGCCAGUAACACCUGUCCCAAGCCUGACUUCAUCAGCGAGAGCCACUUCAUGCGGAUCCCUGUCAACGACAACUACUGCGAGAAGCUACUGCCCUGGCUGGAGAAAACCAACGAAUUCAUUGACAAAGCCAAGGUGUCAAACUGCAGAGUCAUUGUGCACUGCCUGGCUGGAAUCUCACGCUCGGCAACCAUCGCCAUCGCAUACAUCAUGAAGACAAUGGGCCUGUCAUCGGAUGACGCCUACAGGUUUGUGAAGGACCGGCGGCCUUCAAUAUCGCCCAACUUCAACUUCCUGGGCCAGCUGCUGGAGUUCGAGAAGGGGCUGCGGCUCCUCCAAGCGCUGUCGGAUGACAAGACCUCUGAGGGCAAAGGUCAAUCCCAGGGUUCAGAGGUCAACGGGGUCAGCUCAGGUUCAGAGGUCAACGGUCAUCAUGACUUUUCAUUAGCAGAGCCCCCGACCCCUUCAGAACCCAAGCUCCCCUCGCCGACCUCCCUCCAGCAGGGCUUCAACGGCCUCCACCUGUCAGCCGAGCGCAUCCUGGACACCAACCGGCUGAAGCGCUCUUUCUCCCUGGACAUCAAGUCUGUGUACUCCCCUAGCAGCCCCCACUGCCCGCGCCUGGCAGCGCCCACACACUCCGAGGAUGUGCCCAAGCUGUGUAAACUGGACAGCCCCCCUGUCAACGGCAUCUGUCCGCAGUUCUCCCCCGCCCCGGACAGCCCUGGCUCAGCCGAGUCGCCCUUCCCCUCCCCGGGGUGCGGCGGUAGCAUCGGAGGUCUCGGCGUCGGGGGUCCCAGUGAAGGGGGCGUUCGCUCUGGAGGUCCCUCAUUGUCCAGGCCCAGGAGGAAAGCCAAGCACGGCUCUGGAUCUGGUGGAGCUGGAUCCACAAGCAACUCCCCGGUCCACUCCUACCUCCCACACCCCCAGUCCCUCAGCCUGGCUCUGGGACGCUCCCUGCCCGUCCACAAGAGCCCCAGCCUGGACGACAACCUGAAGGGCUCCAUGCUUCUCUCCCUGCCCACCAUGGGAUCUGGGACCAUGUGGACCAAACACAGAGACACAGUCCAGGCGACCACCCCAGUCACCCCUACCACCGACACCCCCUGGUACUUUGGGGCAGAAGAGGUAGGGGAAGGAGGGAUGGAACUCGGAGGCGGCGGUGGAGGAGGGGUGCGAUUCGGAAGCAGCUCAGCGUACGUGGCGUUCGGGUGUAGCGAAGGGGUGCGGCUACGGGACAAAACGGCGUCAUCGUCAGCGUCGUCAUCAUCCUCGACGACCGUUGCUAACGGGACGGGCUCCAACAGCAGCGACAAGCAGUUCAAGCGGCGCAGCUGUCAGAUGGAGUUUGAGGAGGGCAUCUCCGAGACACGUUCCCGGGAGGAGUUAGGGAAGAUUGGGAAGCAGUCUAGCUUCUCCGGGAGCAUGGAGAUCAUCGAGGUAUCUUGACAAACCGGACUCCGGACCACAACCUGCUCGCCCAGGGAGGGGGGCAAAUGGACCUGAGGGGGGAGGACAUAGGGGGGAGAUUUAUAAUCCCUACGCAGACCGUGUUAAAGACUCAAACUCUGAGAAGACAAACAAAUGGACAGAGAGUUUCUGUGACAUGAGGUUCAACUGUCAAUGUACUACUACUGUACAUCUACAGUACUACUAAACAAAGCUCUAAAGAGAGAAACUCUGGGGAAGAUGGAGGCUGUGGGGCCUGACACUGAACUAUGAACUAUUUCCUCUGUAUGGUGUCAGCUAGACAAAAAGGGACCCUGGGGCACGUCGCAAAGGGCUCCCUAUCCCCCAUAUAGUGCACUACUUUUGAACAAAUGUCACCAAAAGUAGUGCACUAGUUAGGUUAUAGGGUGUCAUUUGAGACGUAUAGCCAAGCGGUUUCCUCCUAAAGCUUGACUUCAGCCCCAGUGAACCCCAGCAUGGCUCAGUCUGCCCCGCCAUUCUUUAAAAAGACUUUGAAAGCGCUACGUACCCCAGAAACACAGCACAUCACACUGCAGUGAGAUACCAUUCAGUGUCUACUAAGUGACUAUACCGGUGAUACUGCAUCAAAACAGUGAAGGAUCUUCCAUGUUGGCGUGUCAGCCCAGCAUGGUCCACGAGGACUCAUAGUGACCGAUAAAGACUGACAGUGUAUUUUACCCACAAUCCUCUUCUGCUCCCUUGUUUCCAGUGUUAAACGGUGUGACGUGACUGAGGUUUGGGGCAGUGGGGAGGGGAGGGGAGGGGUUAGGUCUAAGUUACGACCUCCCUGUAGUGGCGUUCUGUACACGCAUGUCUCCCUCCACACACCCCACCCCCCUGUGUAUACCCCCCACCCAUGCCCUCCCUUCUCCCAGCCUCUACUGAGCAUGCUCCAGAGUGGCUGGCCGACAGACAGACAAAUACUAUAUGAAUAUAUAUAGCAAUUUUAAUGGACUUUUAAUCAACAUUUUUUUCUCUUAGUUUUAAUUUAUUUUAUCUGUUCAUUCUGGUAAUGAGAAAUAAUCAUGUUUUGUGGACUUUUUCCUUUGUUUAAUCUCAGUUUUUGUUGAAUGGUAUUUAUGAAACACAUACACAUGCAGCAACACACACAAAACUACAAGCAAUAUGUGAUGUUCAUUAUUUGGAGGGAGAGUGAUAUAUUUUGGGUUUCAUCUGACAUUAAAAUGCACUUUUCUGUCACUCUCUUCAAAAACAAGAAUCCCAUCCACUUCCUAAGGGUACCAACACGCUCUAACCCCUGGUGAUAUAACCAGACGCGUGGUAUGGUGAAGAACAGUCAUCUGAGGGGUUUCUAGCUACUUCCCUAUGAACACGUUUGAAAGACAUUGAGAAGACGCUGAAAUACAUAUUUUCCACGUCUUGUGCUCACUGUGUCGACUCUUCAGUUGUGUGUAUUUUUGACGCAAUUCUUUUUUUGUGAUCGUGGGCUCCUACAGUUAUUAGGGUUAUCUACUGGAAGACUGUUCGUGUGAGGAGACUGAAGAACCUUAUUCAACCCAGUGCUCUUCUAAAGAGCAGCAUUAUUGUAGGAAGGACUGUUGAUUCCUCGAGGGCUAAGGACAACAACUACUGGUAUAUGCAAGUAGAUCCACACAUUUGACAAUAUUAGAGACAUCCACCUAAGAGUGCUAGACUCAUUCUGUUGGCUAGUUUCCACACAGACACACACACACACAGUGUUGGGAUGUGAGAGGAGCCCAAAGCUGAAACAAACCCCCUCCACACACACGAAGAUACACCGCCACCUUUCGUUUGUUCUCAGGGGAUCUUUCAGUGAGCCAAGCCCGGAGCAGGAUACACAACUGCUGGCACAUCAGCACAAUGCAUGUCCCCCUCACUCCCUCGCUCUCUCUCUAUCGCGCUCACUCUUGUUUUCCAAAGGUAAAAAAAGAUAAGAUAAAAACAAACUAAAUGGAAGGGGUGAAACUCAAAUGGAUUUGUUGUGAUUCAGAGGUGAAUGAAUGAAUGCUAUUGCUCUCCUGGUGCGAGAUUGUCUAUUUAUUUAUGAUGUACGUAUAUGCGUUUCUUCUCAUUUUUCUUCGGUUAUCUUUUCUCUAUGGCGAACUUUGACCUUUGACCUAUACCUUUGUGCUGCUGUAAGGUCAGACCUGGAUUUCCUGUGUUCAGUUCUCUUCCUUUCCUUCUACUCUCUCUAUUUUUUAAAAGAUGUUAUUUUAAAACAGGUUAAGAGAAGAUGCAGGCUGUCCCGAUUGCUAUAAUUGUUGGUAUUGAUGUAUUAUUAUUAUUAUGUUGUGUAAAUAGCAACGUAUCUAAGAACAUUGAUGAGUUUAGGUAAGUUUUGAAAAAGAAAAUCCUGAUACCUUAGGCUGCUUGACGCAAAAUACCUCAGGUUCCAUUGAAAGGCUUUUCCUUCCCCUGUACCUGUUUUGUGAAAAUGAGACAAAAAUGCAAACAUUACAAAAAAAUAUGAACUGUU